AAUUACGUCUGCGCUAGACAAAAUUCGCACUUGACCGGUUUCGUUUUUAAUUCGUCCUAAUGACGGAGCCUUCUUCAUAAAUAUUUAUUUAAGCAUAACUGUAUAGUGAGCAGUUGUAUUUGUUUCAACGAUUUCGUAUUAGUACGAUCUCCGCGUUUCAUAUCGGAGUAUCGGUCCCAGACUUCGGAGACUUUUUUUAAUAAUACCUAUAUUUUUUUAAUUAAAUUCAGAUAUGACCGCGACAAACGUUGAUGGGAUCAGUGAAAAAGAAAAAAGUGAUCUUUUCGUGAAAUUCGAAAAAUUUGGAAAAUUUCAAACGAUACAAUUUUUGUUGAUUUGUUUAACUCUUUUUAUGAUUUCUAUGACACACGUAAAUUAUGUUUUUGUUGCUGAAAAUAUUAAUUACAGAUGUCGUAUGCCAGAGUGUGAAAGUCAGAAUCGGGACAUGAAGACACCUUCCUGGUGGCCUGAAGACGUUGACACCAAGUGCUACAAACCAAUACUGAAUGAUGAACAUUUAAUGUCAAACCAAACUUGCACCAAUGCUUCGUUUAGCGGAGUCAUAGAGCAGUGCCAACAUUGGGUCUACGAAAAUAACAAUUCUAUUGUUGCUGAGCUCAAUUUGGCGUGCCAGCCGUGGAAAAUUAAUUUAGUGGGCGGUAUUCACAAUGCGGGGAUGAUAUUUUCAAUGAUGUUCACAGGAUGGAUAGCCGACAAAAUUGGAAGAAAGCCCACAGUGAUUGUAUGUGCUGUCGGUGCAUGUAUUGGGGUAUUCAAGAUAUUCGUCACAAGCUACUACCCGUACCUGGCUAUAGAGUUUCUUGAGUCAGUCAUGGGAUCUGGUCUUUACACUGUUGGAGUAGUUUUGAUGAUAGAAGUAGGAGGAAGUUCAAAGCGAGUGUUGACAGGCAUCAUCUUCUCAUAUGCAGUGUACGUCGGAGAAAUAAUAUUCGCUUUCUUAGCCAUGAGCUUUCAAUACUGGAAAUGGUUGAUAUUAGUGGUCUACGCUCCCAUGGUGCUAUUCAUUCUAUACAUAUUUGUGCUGAAAGAGAGUACGAGAUGGCAAUUGCUUCGAGGGAAAAUGGACGGAGCAAAGAAGACUUUGAAUGCCAUAGCAAAAAUGAAUAAAUUAGACAUCGGUGAGAAAGAAAUAGAAGAUGCAAAUGACGAUCAAUUACGAGUUAUGUUCGAUGUGGUAGAACAGAAAGAAAGGGAGAACAUGAAAGUCAUUAUAGGAUCGAAGGAGAUAAUGACUCGGCUGUCUGUGACGUCAUUCUGUUUCUUCACGUCUAGCUUCCUUUAUUAUGGAUCAUUGGUCCACUGCGUGCUGCUACCAGGGAAUAAAUAUACCAACUUUAUCCUUGCUGCAUUUACCUCAUUCCCUGGAGAAGUGAUUGCCUACUACACAUUUAACAAAUAUGGAAGGAGAAUAACAUUGCAAUGCGGAUAUUUCUUGUCUGCCACUUUUCUCAUAGCUCAGAACUACUGCCCGGAAUCUCUAUCCUGGCUAAAAGUGGUUCUAUUCUUGGUUGGAAAACUCGGUGUAGUCAUCUGUUUCACUGGAAUAUACACAUACAGUUUGGAGUUGUUCCCCACAAGCGUCAGAGGAACGUUGCUUGGUUGGGGCAACACAACUGCCAGGAUCGGAAGCAUGUUGGCGCCGUUAACGCCAUUGCUGAUAAGUGAAAUAGCAGCGUUGCCAUCAAUCCUGUUCUCAGCAACUGCAAUAAUAUCGGCUCUGCUGCUAACAUUUACUCCUGAAACCAAAUCAUUACCCAUGUUCGACACUAUCGCUCAAAUUGAUGCAUACAAAGCGUCGCAAUUUAAAGAAGAACAGUGCGUUGAAACGCCCACAAACCCAACGACGGUGUCCACGAAAUUAUAAAAAUAAAUGUAAAAUUAUUACUUACGUUACCAGUAUUGGCUGAUUUUUAAUGUUACUACAACUUCAAUGUGAUCUAGUAUUAAAAUCUAUUUAUAGAGAUCGAUAAAUAAAGUUUAAUGUUGAAUACCAA